CGCGCCAAGUCUCCUGUCUGUCUUCCUCCUCCCCGGUGAGCCUCGUCAGUCUUCGUUCAUGUUUCUUUAAAGAUCCUCUCUCACAGGCAGCAUGGAAAACGAGAUGUUCUCUAAACUCGCCUCAAAGAUGGGUAUCAGCUCUGCGAGGAUUAUUCGCCAGGCGGAGGAAUAUGUGCGCUUAUCUGAGGUGCGAUGUGCGACUCUGGGUAACAUCACAGCUACAGGCAAAACGGUGAUGUGCCUUGAGAUGGCAGCGACAUCCAUGAAGCAUCCCCUGGACAAAGAAUAUGUCAUCAAACUGUCUGGGCUGAAUAAGAAGCAGUACCAGAGUAGCCUGAAAGCCAUGGAGUGUCUGUUGGGCCUGGAGUCUCGACUGGGACUGCGGGAGCUCGCUGUCCAGUACGGCUGCAUGGAUGCUGUCAAAGUGGCAGCGCAAAUCCUAGAACGGUAUGAGCAGAGCCUCCCUGCUGCUCAGCAACAUGAUCUGGAUCUGUCCAAACCGCUCUUCACCACCGCUGCUCUCUACUCAGCCUGCAAAUGCAUGAAGAUCAAAGUUGACAAGAAGUUGACAGCGUCAUCUGGAGCCAAGAAAUCCAUCUUUGACCGUCUGGUUGUCCAGCUCCAGAAGCUGGGACAGGACAUCUGCAAGGAGGCCUCUCCACUUAAAGAAGCAGCCAAAACUGCCCAGAAAAGACAGCAAACGCUGCUGGAAAACCUUGAACAAGUGGAAGAAGAUGAAUGCGCACCAUCAUCCAUCAAGCAACAGAGGGAGGAGGAGGAGGAGAACGCAACAGCACAGGACUACGAGGAGUGGAAGAGGAAAAUCUUGGAAAACGCUUUGAAAUCAACAAAAGCCGAGGCGUGAGGAUUUUAGGUCAUUAAGGGGGCUGCUCAAGACCAUAAAAACUCAUAUCAGUCACUAACCCAGGCUAGUUCUUGGGAAAUUCAAAUAGUUCUCGCAAGUUUGUUUCUGUGAAAAUUUGUCUUAUUGAUUGACCGAUAUGGAGAAAGUUGAGCGGAGCGAUCACAGGACUGUGACGUCUCUUCUGUUGAUGACAUUUGAAUUUCUGUAGGUGGCGCUCUUUUCUUUGUCUGUUCAUCUGUGGUGGCUAUCACUGUUCAAGCUAACGGCUCAGAUCCAACUCUUUUAUACAAAGAAGGGUAGAGGUUGAUUUUACUGGUAGCUCAUCAUAUAAUAAUAGAGGAGCAAAGUGACACUUAAAUACAGAUUAUGUGGAGUUUUACUUUAAGGACCUUUCAAGGCUCCAUUUCCACGGCUGUGCUAUACGUGCAUGUUCUAAUGAGUGAGGACAAUUUGUGCACAGACCAAGCCUGGAAAAUACGAAAACUUUUGAUUCCUCAUUUGCCAUCAGAUUACGUUGUCAGAAAUGUAUCACUGGCCUUUUAUAUCGAAGAACAAAGCAAGGAAUGUCUCUAAUGUUAUAUUUUAAUUUGGUGUGCUUCAUGGCAUACCUUUACACCUUCAUUUUGCACAAGGACUAAUGCAUGCUAAAUGGUGCAAACCUUCAUUAAGACACCAGAGAAAUUUGGUCAGCAUAAGCUUUAUGUUGACCACCACCUCAUAUUUUCAUCCAACACUUGAAACCAGAUGUAAUUCAUUUUACAUGGAUUUUUUUUUUUUGGCAGGACUGUAAGUGCUGACUAGGUUUCAUUGUGAUGUAAUGUAACCAAUGAGUACUAUAGGUGGGUUUUCCCCCCUUUGCUUUGGGGCUUUUUAGAUACUUCAUCAAGACAUGGAAAAAAAUGGCACUCACACUUGUAUUUUCUUAAUAAAUUAUUACUUUUUAAUGUUAUUUUUCAUAAAUACACAUGAAAGCCAGUGUGAGGAGCUCCACACCCAGAGAACUGACUACCACUCCACCACACUCAGGCUGUGUGACAUGCAGGUUGGCAAAGUGUCCUACUUAAGGCCUUCACAGAAGGCAGCACAGAUGACUGGUUUCUAGACGCAGUCAGCCCAAUCUGAGAGGAAUUGCGAACCGCCUUUUACCUUUCCUUGGAUUUUAGUUGUGGCUGAUAUACACACAAGUCAUUCCAUUGAUUUCAUUUCCUCAAUUGCUCAUAAAUUUCACUUUAUUUCCUGUC